AUGGCACCAGUCGUCGACGUCCACACACACAUCUACCCGCCGGCAUAUGUCUCGCUGCUUCGCUCACGCACUGAUGUUCCCUAUAUGCGCACCUUUGCCGACAACCCUUCAGCCGGAGAAAGACUUGUGAUUCUGCCCAGCGAAGAUGCAGCAACAUCAACUGCACGCGGUCGUCCCAUUGGCCCCGAAUACUACGAGGAAGAGGAAAAGAUCAAGUUCAUGGAUAAACACAACAUCGACAUCAGCGUCAUAUCCCUUGCAAAUCCAUGGCUAGAUUGGUGCGAUGCAUCCGAUGCUGCCUCUGUAGCAACACAGAUAAACGACGAUGUUGAGCAAGUCUGUUCUCGUCACCCGGGUCGCUUGUACGCCUUUGGUACACUACCGCUCAGUGCGGGUGCAGAUGCAGUCGUCGCUGAGAUCAAACGAUUGACCACACUCUCACACUUCCGCGGUGUUAUCAUUGGUACUUCAGGUCUGGGGAAUGGAUUAGACGACCCAGCUCUCGAGCCCAUCUGGGCUGCUCUGCAAUCUACCAAACAGCUCGUCUUUUUGCACCCUCAUUACGGUCUUCCUGCCUCCGUGUAUGGCGAUAGAGCAGCAGAGUAUGGGCACGUCCUUCCACUCGCUCUGGGUUUUCCUCUCGAAACCACCAUCGCCAUUACCCGCGCCAUUCUCUCAGGCGUCUUCGACAAGUUUCCUGGUCUGGAGAUGCUGCUUGCCCACUCUGGUGGUACAUUACCUUUCCUCGCCGGCAGAAUUGAGUCCUGCAUUGCCCACGACGGGCAUUUGAAGCAAGCGAGCAAGAUUGCAGGAAGAAGAUCCAUCUGGGAUAUUCUGAAGGCAAAUAUCUAUCUCGAUGCAGUAGUUUACGGUGAAGCGGGAUUGAAGGCUGCCAUGGAGGCCAGCGGAAAAGACAGAUUGAUGUUUGGCACUGACCAUCCAUUCUUCCCUCCGCUUGAAGACGAGGACAACGAAUGGCUUUCUGUCAAGACGAAUGAGAAGGCUGUGAGUGGAGUCUUUGGCUCAGAUGAUCAGGGCAGGGAUGAUGUGAUGGGUGGAAACGCGGUCAGAGUAUUGAGGUUGGGGUGA